CAUCAACACCCUACAAUCGAUAAUCGCAACUAUGGAAAGUCCACACGAGCACCAGCAGAGUCUCUUGCUCUCCCGAAUCAUAGUCAAUGUGGAGAAACUCAACGAAGCGAUCAUGAUGCUCAACAAGAAUUUGCAAGAGAUCAACAUCCAGAAUAUGGACGUCGAGCUGGUGGCGCAAAUGUUCAAGAAUUAUCAGUCGAAUGUCUUGUUCCAUCUCGAAGCUACGAAUGGUCUCAAAGAUCCGUCAUGAGAAGAUAGGUGGAUGGAGUUGCGUGCUGUAUUGGGAUAUUGACGCCCGGAAUCACGUGAUGGUUGGAAAGAAUAGAUUUCCUCUAGAACAACAGUGGUACCCUCCUUCAAGAGGCUCUUACAGUGUGACUGUGCUCUACUUUAGUGCACUGGGCACUCUCUUGUUGAAUUAUGGCGCUUGGUGUGCCAAUAGAGG